UCGGCCGCUUACAGCGUAACCGUCACAUGGCCGAACGGAGUCCAUCGGCAGCUAUUUAAGGCGAGGCCGUGCGCCUUCAGCACCACUUCGCUGUCCACCGUGCCACUGAGAGCACACUGACGCACCGAGUGACGCAACGAGGCUCAGACUACAGCCACGCCGAGCAACACGUUUUGCAAACAUGCCGAGGUCUUUUCUCGUGGAUUCCUUGAUUUUGAGGGAGGCCAACGACAAGGGGAGCGAGAGCAGCCCGCCUCUGUUCCCUUACGCGGUGCACUCGCCGCACCACCCGCACGGGCUGCCGGGUUCCUGCCACUCCAGGAAAGCCGGUCUGCUGUGCUUCUGCCCGCUGUGCAUGGCCGCGUCCCAGCUUCAUCCUUCUCCUCCGACCCUGCCGCUCCUCAAAGCUUCAUUCCCUCCGUUUGGCUCGCAAUACUGCCACUCCGCUCUAUCCAGGCAUCACUCCACAUCAAACAGCGUGAACCUCAGCCACGCUCCAGGGAUAUACCAAGCUGCGUACACGGUUCCAGACCCAAGGCAAUUCCACUGCAUCUCCAUCGAAAACAACAAUGGGAAACUUCAGAGUAGCAAGCGCAUGCGUACUGCCUUCACCAGCACGCAACUUUUGGAGCUGGAGCGGGAGUUCACCUCCAACAUGUACCUGUCCAGACUGAGGCGCAUCGAGAUCGCCACGUACCUGAACUUGUCCGAGAAGCAGGUGAAAAUCUGGUUCCAGAACCGCAGAGUGAAGCACAAAAAGGAGGGCAAGAGCGGCGGGCAGAGGACUGGAUCACACAACUGCAAAUGCUCGUCCCUGUCCGCCGCCAGAUGCUCGGAAGAGGAGGACGACGACAUUCCCGCAUCUCCAUCCUCGUCAGAAAAGGAGGAUGUGGACCUGUCUGUCUCCCCGUAAAAGUCUCAUAGAACUACUGCUGUCUGAAAUUAUUUUUCUGAUCUUGUUGAGAUUUGAACGCUGCCAAAAAAACAAAAAAAAGAAUGAAGGAAAGAAAAGAAAGAAGACUGGGCCAGUUGUGUUCAGUCGUUUGUAAUUAACAGAUAUUUAAUCAGGGAACUGCUCUGAAUUAUUGUAUAGCUGUAUACACGUUGUACGUAUUGUAUGUAGUUUUUUUCUGAAAACAGUCCAUUGUUGUUGCCAAUCCGAUGAGCACGGUGGACAUAUUUGUAAAGACAAAUCCCCAGUCGAUAGCAACAUUGUUAUUAUUUGUAUAUUGGGGUGGGACAGUUUGGUGAAAAUGUGGAUUGAACUGUUACUUAAAUAAAUCUCCACCACUGUCACAUGACCAGGACCACUCUGAAAUUAUAUCUCCGGUGUACCUGAAAAAUAUUUAUUUAUUUAAAAAUGUUGAUACUUGAAUAAAAAUUAUAAUAAGCCGUA